AUGCUCUCUCGCUCCAGCAGGUCAUUGCUACGCACCGCCGCUACGAGGCGGUACCUCUCCAGUCGCGCCUCGGGCGUCUUGAGUGCACUGGAUAUUCCGACUUCUGGCGCGGAAUUAGACGGCGUAUACGAUGGCGCAUGGAAGGGCUCCGGUGAGCUGCUCGAAAGUGUCUGUCCGACGACGGGCGAGGUGCUUGCGCGCGUCAAGACCGCCACACCGUCCGAGCUCGAGGGCGCGAUAGCCCGCUCUCGCGAGGCGUACGAGCAUCUCUGCCUGUUGCCUGCACCACAACGCGGAGAGAUCAUCCGUCAGAUCCGCGAGGCGCUCUCAGCGAAGCGCGAGGCUCUCGGUGCCCUCGUGUCGCUCGAGAUGGGCAAGAUCAAGACGGAGGGUAUCGGUGAGGUGCAGGAGUUCGUCGAUAUCUGCGACUACGCAGUUGGCCUCUCCAGGAUGAUGAAUGGCCGUUUGAUAGCUUCAGAGCGCCCUGGCCAUUCUAUUCUCGAAGUCCCGAACCCUCUUGGCGUAGUAGCCGUCCUCUCAGCGUUCAACUUCCCCGUUGCAGUCUACGGCUGGAAUCUCUCCAUCUCACUCGCAGCGGGUAACGCAACCCUGUGGAAGCCAUCUCCUACUACGCCGCUCGUCUCGAUCGCGACAACCAAAAUGGUGUCAAAGGUGCUUGAGAAGAAUGGUCUUCCUGGCGCUGUUGCCGGACUUGUAACGGGUGGGCAGUCCGUUGGCGAGACUGUCGUUGGUAGCAAAGACAUCGACAUGGUUUCGUUCACUGGUAGUGAGCGCGUCGGCCGCAUCGUUGGGAAGAACGUACAGGACCGCUUCGGCAAGGUGCUCCUCGAACUUGGUGGCAACAACGCUGCGAUUGUGAUGCCCGACGCCGAUCUGUCUCUCGCUGUCCCUGCUGUAUUCUUCGGCGCAGUCGGCACAGCCGGUCAACGCUGCACCUCAACGCGUCGUCUCUAUCUGCACAAGUCCAUCGCACCCGAGUUCAUGUCGCGUCUUCAAAAAGCAUACAGCUCACCGGCUAUCAAGCCCGGCGAUCCUCUGGACUCCGCCACCCUCCUGGGCCCGCUGCACACCCGUAGUGCGUUAGGUAUCUACGACGAAGCCAUCUCCGAGCUCAAGAAGAGUGGCGGUGAGGUCGUUGUGGGCGGUGCGAAGUUCAGUGGGUUGCAGGACCCGCUCAGCGGAGGCAACUUCGUACAGCCCACCAUCGCACGCCCUGGCUCAUCUGACCCGGCGCACCCCGUUUGGUCGACCGAGCGCUUCGCUCCCAUCCUGAACGUCGCGGAGUUUGAAGAUCUUGAGGAGGCAAUCAAGUGGAACAACGCUGUUCCUCAGGGUCUGUCUUCGUCACUGUGGACCAGGGAUGUGAGGAACGUCGGUAAAUGGAUCGGGCCCGCUGGCAGCGACGCUGGUAUUGUCAACGUCAAUGUUGGGACCAGUGGCGCGGAGAUCGGUGCUGCAUUCGGUGGGAACAAGAGUACCGGCUGGGGAAGAGAGAGCGGUGGUGAUGCAUGGAAGCAGUAUGUGCGCUGGAGUGCUUGCACGGUCAACUUCUCGGAUGCCGCGCCACUCGCGCAGGGUGUCAACUUCAACGUCUGA